GGUGUUGCUCGAUAUGGAAGUUUCAUGAGUUUUGUCUUUGCUGAGUUGCUAAGGACUACUACAGGUGUAUAACAGGAAGAAGAGGUUCCCUUAUCUCUCCUUUAGGCGCGUAAAUCCCCUCUCAAAUGAGGUGGCCAGGACUACACGGCGGUUUUAUACUAAGGAUCCUCAAAAGAAACAGAAAUGUGACGAGAAAAGCUCACCCGACCCUUCUUUCUCACCUCUCUCGACCUCUGAGCACCUCUUCCGCUCUCUAUGCUACCAAGGGACCGGAUUUUGAUGACACCAGCCUCUCUUAUGGCGGUAAAUCCAUGAGACAACUUCUCAGAGCAUUCCUCGUCUAUCAACUCUUCUCCUUCAACAGCAUUGUGGAUUCAAGCGAGAGGCUGCUGAAAGUCGCCAAAAAGAUACUUGGGCAGUCUUUAUUCAGGAAACUCAUGAAGUGGACGAUAUAUGGGCAGUUUGUCGCCGGAGAGGAUUUGAAAACACUCCAGCCGGCAAUGAAGCACCUACAGAGCCGAGGGGUUCGAUCAAUACUUGACUACGCCGUGGAGGACGAUGUACAGAACAGUGAAGUGUACAUGGAAGUCAGACAUAAAGCUAAGCCUCCUUCAGACACCCCUCACGUAACAACUGAUGAGGACAGGAGCCCUCAGUUUAGUGUAUCCACUACCCCAGGGAAGGCAACUGUCACAUCCAGCGCUAGGACCUACUUCUACCAAGACGAGCACAAGUGUGAUGAGAAUAUGGAGAAUUUUAUAAAGUGCAUCAAAAUAGCAGCUGAUGCUAGUGAUGGUGAAGAUGCUUUUGCCGCCAUCAAACUAACUGGACUUGGAAGAACAGAAUUUCUUCUGCGUCUGAGUGAAGCUCUUGUUGGCAGUGAGAAAGUCUUUUCCAUACUAGCUGACAAACCAGAUCUACUUGAAGGAGUCAUUACGUCGGAUUCUUUUUUAAGAGGAGCUGAAAGAAUGAAAAUUGAUUCCAGGGAGCUACAUGUACCACAACUGUUUGAUAAUUUAAGAGCCAAAGGUCAAAGUGACUCUAUUUCAUUCCUCCAAUGGUAUCAUUCAUUUCAACCUGGUAAAGAGCUGUACAGGAUUCUCAGCACCAAGAAAUUCUCCUCCAGUCAGCCCAAACUCCCUGUGAUGUCAGAUAACGAAAAAGACCAGAUGAAGAGUGUCAUGAGGAGGGUAGAGUCGUUAGCUGACGUGGCGCAAGAAAGAGGAGUGAGAUUAAUGGUGGACGCUGAACAAACUUACUACCAACCAGCAAUCCGUCACAUCACUGUACACAGACUCAUGCCUAAGUAUAACAUGCAAUCUCCUGUUGUAUAUAAUACACAGCAGUGUUAUCUUAAGAAUGUUGAUACAAGUGUUGCGCUUGAUUUACUGACGUCUGAGACAAGCGGUUUCCAUUAUGGCGUCAAACUGGUUCGAGGUGCUUACAUGGAGCAAGAGAACAUGUUAGCCGUCAAUAAAGGAUAUGAUAGUCCAAUAUGGCGGAAUAAAUCAGAAACCGACUUGAGUUAUCACAAGGUACUAGAAGGACUAAUGGAAAGAAUGGUGACGACGGACCGUGGGAAAGUUAAUGUGAUGGUCGCCACUCAUAAUGAAGAAAGCAUCAAGUUUGCCAUCAGCAAGAUGAAAGAGUUGAAAGUAGGCAAAGAGAACAUUGCAUUUGGUCAGUUACUAGGAAUGUGUGACCACGUCACUUUCUCACUCGGUCACCAUGGUUACAACGUGUACAAGUACAUGCCUUAUGGAUCUGUGGAGGAGGCACUGCCUUAUCUCCUUCGGAGGGCAAAUGAAAAUAAAGGAAUGCUUGCAGGGGCAGUGAGGGAGAGAGAACUGCUCUGGAAAGAGAUAAGGAGAAGAUUCAAAAUGUAACGAAUUUGAAAUUUUAUUUUAGUCGCUGCAGUCCUAAUUGUAAUUUAUUAUUCCAGCUGCAUCAUCAUUUAUGAUUAUUAUUCCAUCACCGCUGUUAUUGUUAUUAUUUAUUUUUUGUUGUUAUUCUUAAUUUUUGCUUUGAUGGCAGUACAAAUUUAUUAUUGGGUUAAUAUUUCUCAAAACUUUUAUUGUAAUUAUUAUUAUUGAAUUUAAAACUACAUGAAAUAUCUUUGCAAUGAC